GCAGUCAGCACAGACGCGGAUUGCUUCACUGUUUUGAUUGCUUCAUGGACACAACCUACGACAAAGACCACGACCGCACAUCGUAUCACCUGCAGCUCAACUUGCACUUGCACGCGAGCAAGCACGUCAGCUAGCAACCAACAAGGGAGAGAUGACCAUGAUGAAGGCUGCGCUGCGAGCCGCAGCGCUCAGCUCCUGCGCCGUUGGGGUCGCAGCAGCGGCAGCCACCAUCAAUAAUGGCCGUGCCAGUGGCACCAGCCUUGCCUUCAGCACCACCACCACUGCCACCGCCACCAGCAAGAACAGCGGUGCACAGCAGCGGUCAAGGAUGGCAGCAGCCGCGAGCGGUGACGGCAGUGGCAGUGCCACUGCACAGGAACAGCCGCUAUCACAGCAACAGCAGCCGCAGUUUAAGAAGGCCAUCGUCAUCGGCGGCGGUGUUGUCGGCGUCACCACGGCGGCCGAGCUGGCAAAGCGCGGUAUCCAGGUGACGCUGAUUGAGGCUGGAUCCGGGUUUGCGAAUGAGUGCAGCUACGCCGCUGCUGGUGGGAUGCAGCGGACCAACCCUCAAGUGAACCGAGACAGCUGGCGUGCGACGGUCAAGUCAUGGCUUGCGUCCCUCAACCCCUUCAGAGCAAACGACGCUCCUCUCCCCGGCGUAUUCAUCUCUCCAAAGGUGAUGUUUGAUCCCCAGUUCCGUCGGUGGUUCCGCUUGUUCACCGUCAGCAGCCUCUACCGUUCGCAGGAGGACCAGGCGUACCAAACGCAACACAUGCUCGACUUUACCGACUGGGCCGUCGACAGCAUCUUGAACGUCAUGCACGAGGACGAUGGGUUUCUCGCAAAAGCGGCAAAUCUCAACACAACAGGCGCUCUCAAGCUGCUGUACGAUGAGUGUGAUCUUGAUCCCGAGCGCCACCGCAUGUUCAAUGGACGGGAGCCGUGGGGAUUCGUGCAGAAGCAAGAUCUUGCCACGGUUGAGCCGAGUCUGACGUCGUUCCGUCCGCCGCACACACCGCCGUGUGGCGCCAUCAUCCAGUACAGAGCUGCACAGGCACACUGCGCACGCUUCACAAAGGCGUUUGCUGAGCGGCAUCUGGAGGGCGUGGAGGUGCAGACAGACACGCGCAUCAAGGAGUUGACGCUGAGCGACGAUGAGACGCGUGUUGCCGCAAUCACCACCGAAGACAGGACCAUUGACGUUGGCGCGGACACAGUGGUGGUGCUGGCUGCCGGGUCCUGGACACCAGUUCUCUCGCGAACGGCGGGGCGAUUUGUGCCGGUGUAUCCCAUGAAGGGGUACACGCUCCUCGCAAACGCAGCAGACGCUGACACACAGCAGGGUGAGCGGGCACGUGCGCAGCGCAAGGCGGAGCAGGAGGAGAAGGCCAUGAUGAACUCGCUGUUCAAGCCGGUGCGGCCAAAGGUGAAGCCGUUGCCGCAGAAGAAGAAGAAGGUUGAGAAGGAGCCCGAGCCGGAGAAGAAGGACCUCUACACCGACGACCGCGACAAAAAGCAGAGCACGUCUGCGGACUGGGACCAGGCGACGCUUGAGAAGGUCGUGAACGAGCGACACGGCAAGAAGAAGCAACCGCCCACCGACAAGGUCUGCAAGUACUUCCUUGACGCUGUUGAGAAGGGCAAGUACGGCUGGUUCUGGACCUGCCCCAAUGGCGGUGAUGACUGCAAAUACCGACACGCCCUCCCGCCAGGGUAUGUGCUGAAGAAGGACCGGAAGAAGAAGCAGGAGGAAGAGGCGAAGAUGACGCUGGAGGAACUCAUUGACCGCGAGCGCGCCGAGCUCUCCAAGCGCACCAACCUCACCCCCGUCAACCCAGACACAUUCGCAAAGUGGAAGAAGAAGAAGAUUGCGGAGAAGAAGAAGGCGCUGAAGGAGGCGAACAAGAAGAAGAAGAAGGAGUUCCUGUCGGGCAACACGUCCGCCAAGGUGACGGGCCGCGACUUCUUCUCGUUCCGGCCGGAGAUGGGCGGGACGGACACCAACGACGAUGAAGGCGGCACAUUCGACGACCUCACCAAGAAGGACAAGGAGAACAACGGCGAGGCGCAGGACGGGCAGGCUGCCGUCAAGGAGUUUGAUGCGUCUGUCUAUGAUGUCAAGCACGACGAUGAUGACGAGGAUGAUGAUGACGACGACGACGAGGAAGAUGAGGGCGAUGAGAAGAAGCAGGCCGAUGCCAAGAAAGCGGAAGCAAACAAGAAGGAGGAGGGCGUAUCGGUUGGCGCCGUUGCUGUGGACGCAGAUUUGUUUGCAGACGAAAUGGGCGAUCUUGAUCUGGACAACGUCUGA